CCGGUCUGUUAGCAGUUAGCAACAACUUCCUAGGUCAAGCUGUACAUGCGAGAAGUGGCAACAGCAAGAAGUGUGGAAAUUUACUUGUCAUACGUUUGCGAGUUUUCAAACACUAUUCAUUUAUCAGUAAUCAUUCAAUAGGGAGUUGUGAUACACGUAAAAUGGUGCUUUACUUUACAAGUAACGUGGUGAAUCCUCCCUAUACGAUCUACAUGGGAAAGGACAAGUAUGAAAAUGAGGACCUAAUCAAACACGGAUGGCCUGAAGAUAUUUGGUUUCAUGUGGACAAACUAUCUUCAGCUCAUGUGUACUUGAGAUUGCCAAAGGCUCAGACCAUAGAUGAUAUCCCCCCAGAGGUGCUGAUAGACUGUGCACAGUUGGUGAAAAACAACAGCAUUCAGGGAUGCAAAAUGAACAACAUCAACGUGGUUUACACGCCGUGGGCCAACCUGAAAAAAACUGGAGACAUGGAUGUAGGACAGAUUGGAUUCCAUCGACAGAAAGAGGUGAAGAUUGUGGCGGUGGAGAAAAAGAUCAAUGAGAUCGUAAACCGCCUGGAAAAAACAAAAGUAGAGCGCUUCCCUGACUUGGCAGUGGAGAAAGAGGCGCGAGACAGAGAAGAGAGGAACGAGAAGAAAGCUCAGCUGCAAGAACAGAAGAAGCGAGAAAAGGAGGAGCAGAGGAAGAAAAAGGAGAGAGAAGAACUUAAGAGCUAUUCAUCGCUGAUGAAGAGUGAAAACAUGAUGACUAAUGAGACUGGCUACGAUUCAGACGACUUCAUGUAAGAAGUGUAGCUCAACCAUCAAGCACAGCUGCACUACUCAGACCUGGCAACUGGAUGCAGCUCUGCACUGAUAUUGGAGAAAGGACAAAGAUGAACAGAUAUCUUUUGCUUUUGGACAUUGAAGAGGAAGGGAGUUAGUGAUGGAGCAUCACUGGGAUGCAUUCCACAUGCAGACUGGUUCAGACGCUGCAUUCAAACGACACGAGGAAGAAGGCGACACAGGACACCAGGAAUAAAAAGUAGAGAGGGUUUAACCUGAUGGUGGAAGCUGUGUGUCUGUGUGGGACUUUAAUAACCUUACACAUCUGGAGAAACAAAGCCUGUUGCUUCUUGUCUUUUAAUGUUCAAUAGUUGAAUAUCAGAUUGUACUUAACACAAUUCAAUAAUUAUAAUUAUAAUGUAAUAAUUAAAUUUAAUAAUUUGUAAUUGGCACCAAAAGCACUUAGGUUAACAAGCCAUAAAACCCCACUACAGAGAACCAUGAACCACUUGCUGUCAUCAUCACCCUGGAAGGUUGUGCUUUAUCUUGCAUGCACACAUGCUGCAUCUCAGUUUUAUCACUUGCCGUCUGUUCCCACAGCUCAGCAUGUCGAGAUAAACGAGAAUGAAAACUGCAUUGUUGUUUUUGGUGUCAUCGUUUGUUGAUGUGUAUAUAUCAACACAAUGUUCAGGCCAAAAAUGCUAAUGCUGUCAAUUUUUCUCUCUUACAAAUGGUGUCAAUGAGCAAUAGUUUCACUGAACAGGUGUCCGCCUGUUCUACACAGACAAACCCUUUCAGAGAAGUUGUAAGAGCCUGUUCUACAAGGUGCUUUGCAUGUUAAACCACUCAAUAAAGUGUAUUUCUAUUUA